AUGACCACCGUCGUCUCAAACGGCAACGACGCUUUGAAUCUGCUCUUCGAGGCAGCCCAACGCGAAGAAAGAGAAGUCAAUGGUGCACGAGUGCCGGUGCCUAUUGAACAGCACGCUACUAACGCAGCUUCUACACCACUCUCAUCCGUUGCCAAUCUAAGUUCCAACAUGUUGCCGGACCUUUCAAAUGAACUCACUGACACCUGGAACGCUUAUCGCUUUGUGCGUAUGGGUUGGCUAUCAGCUCCAGAGAUCGUAUGGUUCUUCAAGAACGUUGCACCGUUGUGUCCGAUUUUGGAUGAGUUCUACGCAGAGUGGUCGAAUCACUACCUGUUAGUGACGCAUGAGCCAGUCCUCACUUGUAUGAUACUGGUCAUAUCUUCUCGCUACCACACUUUGCCUACUAUCGGAGGGCAUUCAAGAGGCUAUUUGAUCCACCAGAGACUAUGGGAUCACUUCCAGCACCUACUUAUGCGCCUCGUAUUGGGAUUGGAGAAAUACUCUAAGGCCAAGACGCGAACGCUGGGUACCAUUGAGGCCCUGCUGUUGUUGACAGACUGGCAUCCUCGAGCUCUGUACGCGCCUCCACCCAGUGACGGCUGGGAUUCAGAUAUCUUGUUCACUGUGAAAGAUCGACGUGAUCAGGACGGGAGCACAGUUGACAGCCCUUCUAGGACACGAUGGCGAGAGGACGUGAUCGAACCGGCCAACAGAUCAGACCGGAUGUGUUGGAUGGUGCUUAGUUGCGCAUUAUCUCUUGGCAAUGAACUCGGCAUAUUUGACGAACAAGACGAGCAUGAUAGCGCAAAUACGAGGUUAGCGCAAUGCGAGCGUCGAGUCGCGCAACAUAAGACUUGGCUGGCCAAACUCUUGUAUGUUUACCAGGAGCAGCUCUCUUCACGACUUGGCCGCCGGUCAAUGAUGACACCUAGCAACAGCCAUUCGGCGGUAUGUUCGGAUACUUCUCAAGCGGGCAGCGACAUACAGAGACGCGCAUGGACUCCGUUUCUCACUGCGUGGACACGAUUGACUAAAAUCGUGAGGUCUAUAUCAGAUCUGCUCUUCCCUAACCCUACCACGACAUCUCAGAUCAUCCGCAGCGGUCGCUAUAUCAGCAUGACAGAGCAUAUCCAGACCUUACUCACCGCCUGGUCGAAAGACCAUGAUGACACCCUCUGCCACACAGCAAGUGAUACGUACCUCGGCAGCCUCCUCGUUCUCGAGUAUGAGAGUACGCGGAUGCACACGUAUUCUCUAGGACUUCAAGCCAUUUUGUUUCGCACCCUGGCUGAAUCGAGCAGCGCUGUCUCAGGUUCUGCGUCAUUUCAGCUUACGCCCACCGAUUUUGCGCACGUGCAGGAAGUCAUCAAUAGCACGCUGAAUACACUCAAGAUAGCUAUUAAGCUGUAUGAUUUGGGUUUCUUACGGUUUUGCACGAUAAGGACCUUCCUGCACAUCACGACUGCUUCCAUAUUUCUCCUGAAAGGCCUUGGAUUGGGGGUCAGCCCGGCUAGGUUGCAAGGUGCACUAGAGGUCCUGACGCAAGUCAUAGUGGCGCUGAAGAACAGCAAUCCAGACGACCUCCAUCUGGGCGGCCGUUAUUCGAUGCUCCUCGAAAUGCACAUGACAAGGCUACAGGAGCAUUUUGUGCCCUCGACUCGGCCGCAAAAUAUCACACCUCCGAAUUUUGAUCUUUCUCGGUUCCCGGGCCUCGCUGCCUCGCUGGAGGCGAAUCAUUUCGAACUCGUGGAUCUCCAGCAAGUGCCAGAAAUCGAUACGUCAGAUGAAAAUUGGCUCAGCUUGCCACUCGACUCAAAUCUCAUGUCAUUUAGCAUGGACAACUUUCAAGGUCUACAGUGCUUGGGUGAUGGCACCUUGGACUUCAUAUGGAAUUUAGGAAUGUAG